CAAAUCGCCCCUGUGUACUCGCGAGGCCGGCUGAGAGGAGCUGUAGGUGGCUGUAGUGCUGCCCUUAGUUGACCAGACAGGAGAACAUCCAGGAUGGCUGGAAAGAGACGAGGCCGAGGCAGCAACGUCCAGCAACAACAGACUCCACAGAACCGAGGAGGAGGCCGUCGCAGGGCUCUACAGGAACCAGCAGCUUUUGCCAAAUCUACAGGUUAUGAAACAACGAUCCCCCAUGAAAAACUAACCAUUGCUCAAGCCAGAAGAGGCACACCAGCUAAUCGUCCAGUGAGGGUCUACGCUGAUGGAAUCUUUGAUCUUUUCCAUUCGGGUCAUGCUCGAGCUCUGAUGCAGGCCAAAAAUGUGUUCCCCAACACUCACCUGAUAGUAGGAGUGUGCAGUGAUGAGCUCACCCACAAGUAUAAGGGCUACACGGUGAUGACAGAGAGCGAACGCUACGAAGCCCUCCUACACUGUCGCUACGUUGAUGAGGUGGUGCGGGACGCUCCCUGGUCUCUUACCCCCGAGUUCCUCCAGAAACACAAGAUUGACUUUGUGGCCCAUGAUGAUAUCCCCUACACCUCUGCUGGAUCAGAGGAUGUCUAUAAACACAUCAAGGAAGCAGGAAUGUUUGUGGCCACUCAGAGGACAGAUGGCAUCUCCACAUCUGAUCUGAUCACUCGUAUCGUCCGAGACUAUGACAUCUAUGUUCGACGCAACCUGCAGAGAGGCUACACAGCCCGGGAACUAAACGUUGGCUUCAUCAAUGAGAAGAAGUAUCGACUCCAGAACCAGGUGGAUAAGAUGAAGGAGACGGUCCGUACGGUGGAGGAGAAGUCCAAACACUUUGUUUACAGAGUGGAGGAGAAGAGCCAGGACCUCAUCCACAAAUGGGAGGAGAAGUCAAGGGAAUUCAUCGGCAACUUCCUGGAGCUUUUUGGACCAGAUGGAGCAUGGCAUGUGAUCCAGGAGCGAAGUGGUCGUAUGCUCCAGGCGUUGUCACCCUACUCGUCCCCCCGCGGCUCCCCCAGCAGCAGCCCCACCAGACGACGUUCAGUCUCUCCUGACUCCUUCCCCUCCUCGGCCUCCGCCUCCCCACCUUCCUCUCCAUCCUCUCCAUCGUCUCCAUCCUCUCCAUCGUCUCCAUCCUCUAAAUCCUCCCACUCCUCACCCAAGAAGGGCAAACGCUCUUCUCUCAAAGCGGCUUCUACAUACAGUAGACAUGUACAAUGAGCUCCUCAUGCUUUGGUCAUCUUUACUGUCUUCUUUGAAGCGAUUACUUAUUGAUCUACUUAUUGAUAUGCCUCAAAUGGUUAUUAAUUAGAACUAACAGAUAGGAAAUAAAGUAAUUUAUUGUGGGUUUAUGCAAGUGAAAGUGAGAUAUUGUAAUUGUAAUAUACAUAAUUUGUCUUACCAGAAAAGAAAUGGAAAACAACAUUAAAAUUUUUUUGGACAUCA